CCCUCCGCCCGUUGGUAUCCGCUGCCGCUGUCCGCGGCCUCGUUGCCCACCGAGCUCUUCCUGCAGGAUUCUGCCCCACUUCUGCCCGGCUCCCCGCGGGCGCCCGGGAUGGAGCUUUACGGGAAGAUGGCGUCUGCCCAAGAUUCCCGGUUCGGCCAAAAAGACGCAUCCGACCAGAACUUCGACUACAUGUUCAAGUUGCUCAUCAUCGGCAACAGCAGCGUGGGGAAGACCUCUUUUCUGUUUCGCUACGCAGAUGACUCCUUCACGUCGGCAUUUGUCAGCACCGUGGGCAUUGAUUUCAAGGUCAAGACGGUCUUCAAGAAUGAGAAGAGAAUCAAGCUUCAGAUCUGGGACACGGCUGGGCAGGAGAGAUACAGGACGAUCACCACGGCCUAUUACCGUGGCGCCAUGGGCUUCAUCCUAAUGUACGACAUCACCAACGAGGAGUCGUUCAACGCUGUGCAGGACUGGUCAACACAGAUCAAAACAUACUCGUGGGACAACGCUCAAGUCAUCCUGGCCGGCAACAAGUGCGACAUGGAAGAGGAGCGGGUAGUCUCUUCCGACCGUGGCCGGCGCCUGGGCGAGCAGCUGGGGUUUGAGUUUUUUGAAACAAGCGCCAAGGACAACAUCAAUGUCAAGCAGACUUUCGAGCGCCUGGUGGACAUCAUCUGUGACAAGAUGUCCGAGAGCGUGGAGGCCGAUCCCGCCAUCGCUGCUGCCGCCGGAGCUGGGAAGCAGAGCACGAGACUAAAGGACGUCCCUCCCCCGCAGCCUUCCAGCUGCGGCUGCUAAUGGCCCUGGCUGUUCCCUCCGCCCCCUCCCCUGCCCCCUCCAAACAGCAUCUGUGAAUGGUCCAGCCGCCUGUUUUGUUGAUCUACCCUAUUGUUUAUCCACCUCUGGCCAGCGCAUCCAUCCACGGCUGAGCUGCAUCCAUGCUUCUGUCAGCGUUACAUAGAUUCGUGACCUUGGAUUCUUCCAGUGCCCAGCCGGUUGCCCGGCAGCGGGCAAGUGCAGGUCAGCAGUUCUCUCUCUCUCUGUCUCUCUUCCGUUGCUUCACUUCUUCUGCCCUAUUGUGUGUGCCACCGGUCCGGUGGGUGCCAGAGCCUCCACAGAGCACGCCCAGCCUAGCACUCUCCGGCUUCAACAUCCUCAGGUCCCACUCACGUGGCCGACCCCUCCCAGACCUCAAGGAAUGCUGGAACAAUAAGGUUUUCCAGAUGCUCCAGUUGCUUCCCUCGAGGCUGAAGGCUGGUUCCCAGAUGCCCCGGUGUCUGGGAGCUCUGACCUGGUCAGGUGACCAGCCUGUUUCCCCUCCAGGACUUGAGCUGACCAGUCGGAAAGGCCAAAGUCACUUCUCACUCAGCAUGUGACUCAGUGUUGGGAACCCAGUUUCACACAUCAUCAGAGGGUGCAGCAGGAUGAAGGGAAUUCUUUCCUGAGGGACCAACACCGGGCAGCCAGAAAAAGAAAACCGGGCCUGGCCUCCCACUGGCACCGGGAAGAAGUUCUGUGGAGGAAGGUCUGUGGAGGGAACGUUGGAACGCUUGGCAAGUGCCAGCCACCAGAUCGGGCCACGGAUGGCCAAGCUCUCAGUCCGCCCCAGCAGAUGCAAGUUCAUCUGGGAUGGGUUCUCCGGAGCUGGUCUCUUUGGGUUUUUCGCCAUCUCAACCCCACCCGCCCCCUCCAGGAGUAUGUUGAUGUUUCUGGGAAGAGCUCACCAAGUCAUUCCGUGCCACACACGCCGGAGACGCUGGACUCUUCCCUGUCCCCGACCGGAAGGAACACGGGCCGUGGUCCAGAGGAGAGGAGUCUCUUGGAAAUAGGACUGAGCCACUGAUGGGGCCGGAGACUCGGUCAUGGAAAUUCAUUCCCAAAUCAUUCUGGGUGGGAGGGGGGC